AUGCUCAAGAUAUCACGAACGUCACCCAACGAUGACGAAAACACUCGUUCCAAUGAUACGUCCAAUUUGAUGACCACUCCUCACCACACCAAUUCAAGCCCGAUCCCAAGAGCCAUGAACCGACCAAACUAUCAACCUCAAACCUUACAUGGAAGCAGGAUAGAUCUUAGGCUCCUCCAAGAAACCCUAGGAGAUUCAUUCGAUGACACUCUUGACUCUCUUGACAGUGACUCUCUCGAGCUCAUAGACCCCCAAUCCUCUGCCUCUGAAAAUGAUCAAGACCAACAAGCCAAAAAUAAACAACCUAACAACCGCAACCGCAGCCUCAACCGCAAUAUAAAUACCAAUACCAAUACAAAUACAAAUACCAAUACAAACAACAAACAACAUCAAGGCCAUUCUAAUCCUAAAUCUGAAUCUGACAAUAAUAAUAAUAACAAUAAUAAUAAUAAGGAUCAUAAAGAAGAAGAAGAAGGUGAUGAUGAUGAUGCCUACAGUACUGACGACAUGGGAUCCGAAACCAUCCUUGGUCUUCUCCGUGGACACAAGGAUCUUAGUCAACAAAUGGCCGCAAUUGAACAAGAGAUAGGAUGGUCACCAGACGACACUAGUAAAUCUCGUCAUCCUUUUGAACCAACCCUUCUCAGAGUGCUGUACAUGGGAUCUGCUACAACAAGAGAUAAGCAACGUUUCUUCCGCAAACUCACCGAUGGUCUUGCCGCAGUUGUGCACAGCAAAGCCAGUCAUCCACUACCGCACGUCUUUAAGGAACGCAAGCACCAUUUGUUGAUGAUGAGUGUUAUAUCUGAUAGAGAUGACACCCGCACAAGUGCCUACGAAGACAAUGGCGUGUCUGUAAUCGAAGCUGACUUUACGUCUUCUUCACCAACCGCAAUUUCGGAUCCUGAUGGCCUCAACGACAUCGUCCUGUCGUAUGUGUCCCACCAAUGCGAUGAUCCGAUAAUCUGGUUGAGUAAUCAAUCGGCCAAGGGAGACUUUAAAGGAUUUGCUUAUCCAGAAAAAACUCCAAAUGGUAUCGAUCUCUGUGUUUAUUUCUAUGACGGAAGUCAUCCCUAUGAUAAGGGUUCAAAAGAAUAUGCUCGUUUGGAAAACGAAAUUUCUACCCUGUGGAGAAUCAAACGCUUAAAGAUCCCUAUCAUGGCCAUUCUUUCAACGCCUCCCACUCAUCCGCAGGUAUCCUCCGCCUCCUCCUGCUCCUCCUCUUCUUGCUCCUCCUCUGUCUCUAAGCGUAAUUCUAUUACCUCCCACAACACUUCCUCUCCACCACAUUCCCCCCACAGAUUCCCCAGUUUUACCGCAAAACAUUCAUCUGUUUUAUCACCCCAACCACAUUUACAUCCAUCACAACAACUCCCACCAUCAUCUUCUUCUUCUUCUACCAACACCGCCACUGCCAAUAUUAAUUCCAAUUCCAAUUCCAGUACCCAUACCAAUCCCAAUGCCAACACCAAUGCCACUGCCAAUACCAAAGCAAAUAUCAAUACCAAUCCCAAUCCCAAUCCCAAUACCAAUACACCUGCUUCUACUUCUACUACUACUUCUACUACUUCUGUUCCUGUAUCUGCUAUUGCUACUGCUACUGCUACUCCUCAUUCUAUAGCUUACACUCUCACUGUAGCUGAUCGUCGAUCCCAACUUGCCGAGUUAUUGGCACGUUUCAAGAUACGUUGCGUAGACAUCACUUGUCUCGAUAUCGAGCAACCUUCUUUUCAGCGCCGUAACUUUAGAAAGGCAUCCACAGCAACAGCUGGUACGGGAUUGGAAUAUCGUAUGGGUCACUCCUGGGCCAUAUCGAGCAUUACUGCGCCAGAGCCAUACCAGAUUUUGACAAUUGACCAGUUUUCAAAUGUCCAUCAGAACGCUGUGUCCGAGUUACUGCGACACACUCGUCGUCUGGCAGCCGAAAGAGAAAGAAAACGAGAAAUAAUAAGAAUUCAAGAACGUCGUGUCACAACAGCAGAUCCUCAACCACCCCUGAACCAACCUACUCCCGCCACAAAAUCAACUUUCCCGCUUACUUUAUUUUCCUUGUUUCCAUGGUUACCACAGCCGCCACGAGCAUCAUCCUCACCGUUGCCAUCGUCAUCGGCAUCGGCAUCGCCUUUGUUUUUGUUUUUGUUUUUACUUUUAUUGUUGAUGUUUUUAUUGUUUUCAGUUGCCAUGCCAAUGUGUUGUCAAGAUAGAUUUUGUGGAGUUUCAAAGUACUAUUUGCCAAAACCUUUGUCGACUAAAGAUUCAACCUACAACCAUCAUUACAACCAUAACAAUAACAAUAACCAUGGCCAUGACCAAUAUGAAUAUAAAGAGCAACAGAAAGAGUGGUCGGCGUCCCUCCAUCUUACCAAUGAGUCUGAUCAAUAUUUUGGAUUCCUUAUCCGUGUGCAGCAGGAGCAACGGACGCUUUGGCCACCUGUGGACCCCGUGGCUACCCUGAGUAAUGCAUCUGUUAAUGUGGCACGAUCAGAUGAAGAGGGGCAUUAUUUGUUUCGGAUUCCUAAACCAGUGUGUGGACAACAGACAGAUGGUUUUCAAAAUAGGGCUGCUGAUGUCAGAGUGGCAAUUCCACAAGUGAUACACGUUCUCGGGAGUCCUAUUUUGUUUGAAUCUUUACCUUGCUACCAGCCACCCUUACAACAGCAACAGCAACAGCAACAACAACAGCAACAACAAAGAAUUUCGUCGUCCAAUUUAGGUCGUUCGUCUUUAAAACAUUUUACCAACUCUCCACAGCACCCAGAAUCAAAUAUCUGUCCAGUACCGGCACCAACACUAGUUCCAUCUCCAAUACCUAAUUCACACUGGGAACGGCUUUCGUGGUCUGAAUGGACUCAUGAAGCGCUCUACAUAGUAAACAGUAUAGGAUUUUAUUGGGAUAAUUGGAGAUUGUUAGCUAGAGAAGUUUUGUAA